AUGCCUGAUGAGGGUGUCCUCCCUCCCCCCUUCUUCCCUCUGUCGCCUCUGCUGCUGCUGUCAACCUCCUUGGUGCUGAGAAGGUCGGGACUGCGUCUGCUUCGAGCGGACGCUGCAGCGGCAAGGGCAAAGGGGGCAAGGGCGGUGGUGGUGACAGCGGGGGUGGCGGUGGUGGGGGAGGUGGUGGCGGGGGGGGUGGCGCGGGUGGGGGAGGGGGUAGCGGUGGUGGGGGUGGCAGCAGCGGCGGGGGAGGUGGCCGGGGCGGAGGAGGCAGUGGGGGUGGCGGUGGACGAGGCGGCGGCAGGGGUUGGGGUGGUCGAGGAGGUUGUGGCGGGAGUGGUGGUCGUGGAGGCACUGGCGGUGGCCAGGGACAGCAGCACACUCCCUCGCCCCAGGAGGUCCGUGAGUGGUACUCUCAGCACGGGGGGGGGGGGGGGGGGUGGCCUUAGCUGCACGUACGUCAUUCGCACUGGUGACCGCACUGGCCAGCCGUGUGGGGGACCGCACGCCACACAGCGUUGCUUUGCUCGUCUGAGCGACGCUUGGCGUGUUCAGUUCCCUCAGGCCACUGAGCUGCCCCGCUGGCUUGAUCUCCUGAAGAAGGGGAUUGACAUCUAUGCUCUAGACUUUGAUGCUAUUCUCUCUGCCAUGUAUGUGAUGUCUACUAGUGGAGAGGGUUCUGAGUACCUGAGUGUCCCGCCCGACCCGGGCAUUCGGACGAGUGCGUCUGCUGCUCCAGGUACCCACGUGUCUGCUACCCCAGGUGCCUCUCGCUGUUUCUUUCGUGACCGCACUGCCCUUGAGCCCCUUGCUCGGCCAGUUGCUGUCUCCCUUGCUGACCCCUCUGGGGGUCCGGUCAUUGCGACCUCCUCUACUGUCCUUCCCUGUCCUGCGGUCCCGUCAGGCACACUGUCAGGUCUCCACCUCCCCUCGUUCUCCACGAACUUGGUGGCAGGUUGUGCUCUCCGGGACGGGGGUGUUAACCAGUUUAUCCCUGCCUACGAGCGUGUGACACACUGCACGUGUGCUCGUACGGGCCGCCACUUGGCUACCUUCACCCGGCAGCCGGGGUCGGACCUGUACACACUUAAAACUGCCUCCCCUCAGGUCGCUGCGUCUGCGUCUGCGUUUGCGUCCGCGUCAGGUCAGCUGUCUGCCCCCUGCUCGUGUCGCUCUCUAGCGCACGAGACUGUCCUCUGGCACCACCGAAUUGGUCACCCGUCUGUGCAACGCCUUCGUGCCAUGCACUCCCGGUACCUUGUCUCUGGUCUUCCCAGGGUCCUCCCUCCUCUCCCACCCUCGCCUGCUCCUCCCUGCCUUCACUGUGUCGAGGGGCGGCAGCGCGCCGCUCCUCACUCCUCCUCGUUUCCCUCGACGACUGCUCCUUUGCAGACGCUCCACAUGGACGUGUGGGGCCCAGCCCGCGUCCGUGGUCAGAGUCAGGAGAGGUACUUCCUGAUCGUUGUUGACGACUACUCGCGCUACACCACGGUCUUCCCCUUGCGCACCGAGGGUGAGGUCCCUGAUGUUUUGAUCCCUUGGAUCCGCAGAGCUCGUCUCCAGCUCAGCGAGCGUUUCCGCUCGGACUUUCCUGUCCUGCGCUUGCACUCUGACAGAGGUGGUGAGUUCUCCUCCGACCUCUUGGCAGCCUACUGUGCUGAGCACGGCAUUGAGCAGUCGUUCACGCUUCCGGCCUCUCCACAGCAGAAUGGGGUUGCGGAGCGCCGCAUUGGCCUGGUCAUGGAGGUUGCUCGUACCUCCUUGAUCCAUGCGGCUGCCCCCCACUUUCUGUGGCCGUUUGCGGUCCGGUACGCUGCGCAUCAGCUCAACCUCUGGCCCCGUGUCUCCUUACCGGAGACCUCGCCCACACUGCUGUGGACGGGGGAGGUUGGCGAUGCGUCGCGUUUCCGGGUCUGGGGAUCUCGAGCUUUUGUCCGCGAUUCGUCUGCGGACAAGCUCUCCUCUCGUGCUGUUCCCUGUGUCUUCCUCGGCUUUGUUCCGGACGCGCACGGGUGGCAGUUUUACCACGCCACCUCGCGUCGGGUCUUGCCCUCUCAGGACGUCACUUUUGACGAGUCUGUCCCCUACUACCGCCUCUUCCCCUACCGCACUGCCCCGCUCCCACCCCCGCCUCUCUUCCUCGCGCCAGGUGCUACUGUUGUAGACCCCCUCCCCCCUCAGGGUGCCGCUCCCUCAGGUGUGUCUCAGACACUAGGGGUGCUGAGCCUGGGGGUGCUGUGCCUGGGGGUGCUGAGCCUGGGGGUGCGGUGA